AUGUCAGAAGCUGCCAAGUCCUGCCCUGUGGAUCAUAAACAACCAGAACCAGCAUUAUGUCCUGUUGACCACGGACAAAAAAAACAAGAGGAACCCAAAUGUCCUGUUGAUCACAAUUCGUACAAACAUUUUAUUCCACCCACUGCAUCAAAAAAUGAUGAACCACAAAGCUGCCCCGUAGACCCUGCAACAUACAAGAAUUUUUUGCCUCCCCCAAAGGAAGGAUGUGAUUCCACUGCUAUCGAUAGCACAAACAAUAUGCCAAAAGUCUCACAGCAAUCGCCCCAACCUGAUCAGAAGAUGCCACUCGGUAAAGAGAGAGAAACAUCCACUAUUCCUAGAGCAAAUUCUGAUGACAAGCUGUGGAUCUACCCAUCUGAACAAAUGUUUUUCAAUGCUAUGAGACGUAAGAACUGGAAUCCAGAGGAGAAAGACAUGGCAGUAGUGGUGCCAAUUCACAAUGCUGUCAACGAAAUGGCAUGGCAAAAGAUUUUAGAAUGGGAGAAAAUGCAUGAAACGGAAUGUCAGCAGCCCAUGUUGGCCAAGUUUGAGGGAAGACCAAAAGAUAUUACACCUAAAGCAAGAAUCAGAUCAUGGUUCGGGUAUGCUCUUCCAUUUGAUCGUCAUGACUGGGUUGUGGAUAGAUGUGGGGAGAAAGUGACAUAUGUCAUUGAUUUCUAUUCUGGAAAGCAGGAUCCCAAUAGACCAAUGUCUCUUAGCUUCUAUCUGGAUGUUCGUCCUGCUGUUUCACCAUCAGGUGUUUGGGAUAGAUUGAAAAUGUCCUUUAAGAAGGGCUCUUUUACUUAG